AUGGAGUGGCGGCUCUUUGCGAGAUCACUGAUGGCUGCUUUAAUUUGUUGCACUGCUCUUUCUGGCGUAAAAGGGCUCGUGAAAAAAGAGGACAUAGAAUCCAGUCUAGGCAUAAUCCACGAAGUUUCAACGAAAAGUUUGGGUUCCUUAUGCGUAACCGAACAAUUUCGUUCAUUGACGGUACCAAUCGAUACGUUGAGGUUCGAAUCGGCAAGACAAAAGGCCGAUUUGGCCGCUACACUUUUACAAGACUUGGGAGUUGCUCAUCACAAUGGUCUUCAAGAUGCCAUUUCCAAAAACAUUUUGGUCUCUGACCAAUCAGUAUUAUCGGCUCGAGUACUAGCGAUGAACGCCACCACAGGAACCUUGAUAAAUUGCGCCUGGUGGCAAAAACAGGGAUUAGAAAUGGGUGGUCCGAAGAAGGUGACCGAAACGGUUUUGGAGGUCGGUCACAGACCUACCACGGAUUAUCCUUGGUAUGAAGACGCAGACUCCAGCCCUGGCUUACGCUCGCCAAAAUUCAUCGAGAGUCCACCCAAUGUGUCUUACCGCGGUUGGUGGACUUACCCUUACUAUUCCUGCUCUGCUAGAAGAUGGCUGAUGUCUUACAGCGUGCCAAUCCCACCACCUGGACGAAGAGGACUGAAAGGUUUUCUGAGUCUAGACGUAGAUAUUUCCCAUUUAGAAGUCAACCAAUGCGAAGUCAGAUUACACGAAACUUCUAGCAAAUGUAUGACGGUCUUCCACGGAUCGCACAAAUGUCACAAUUCCACAACAGAAUGUAUUUUUAAGUCUCCAUUGCACGUGCCGACAUGGUCAAGGGGUAGAUAUCAGUGUCAUUGUAGAAAAGGAUACUAUUCUCCACACGAAAAUGGAAUUUUCAAUGGAUCUUUAGUCGAAGUUGCUUGGGAAGAACAUUUAGAAAAUUCCAGCGACUCGUGGCAAUCGAUAUUCCAAUGUCUCAGAUGCGCACCAGGAUGUCAUUUUUGUACAGAUCCGUCUCCCUGCUUAGCUACAUAUCAUUGGCCUUUCAGAAUCACUCUAUUAACUGUCAGUGUUAGUUGUGUCUUUAGUACUGUGGUAUUGAACUGUUACAUGUUCAAAUAUCGCAAAUUGAAAGUAUUCAAAGUUGCCAGUCCGAUUUUUCUCAGUAUUACUUUACUAGGAUGCGCUACUAUGUACCUUGAAAUGGCUGCAAUAUUUCCUGUAUUAGAUAUGUAUUCGUGCAUAGCCACAAAAUGGUCAAGGCAUUUAGGAUUUUGCGUUACUUAUACAGCAUUAUUAAUGAAAACUUGGAGGGUGUCACUAACUUAUCGUGUAAAAUCAGCACACAAAGUUAAAUUAACCGACAAACAGUUGCUCCAAUGGAUGGUACCGAUUCUACUAGUAAUGCUCAUUUACUUGGGUACUUGGACUUUAUCCGAUACACCAACCGCUGAAGAAAUUGUAGAUCACGAAGGCUUGAGGUUCAAACAGUGCGCUUAUAAUUGGUGGGAUCAUAGUUUGGCUAUUGGAGAAGUUUUGUUUUUGGCAUGGGGUGUCAGAGUGUGCUAUAACGUGAGAAAUGCUGAAUCCUUGUAUAAUGAAGCGAGGCUAAUUAGUUAUGCCAUUUAUAAUAUCGCUUUGGUCAAUAUUAUGAUGAUUGCGUUUCAUUUAUUCAUAUUUCCAAGAGCUGGACCAGACAUCAAAUAUUUCUUAGGAUUUGUGAGGACUCAGCUAUCCACCACUACAACCAUAGUUUUAGUGUUUGGGCCAAAAGUAAUUCGAGUAUUAAGAGGUCAAGGCGAUCAAUGGGACAACAGAGCCAGAUCCAGAGGAGUAACAGCCUCCUUUUCCUUAAACGGCAUCGGACUAGUAUCAGAAGAAACUCCAGAUUUAUAUCAAGAAAACGAAGAACUCAAAGAAGAAAUCCAAAAGCUGGCCGCACAAAUCGAAUUCAUGAAAAUCGUCCACAUGGAAAUGAACAAUCGACACAUCAAACCGAAAGUCGGUGGGUAUUUUACCAGUUUGAACGCACCGAUGGUGGUGCACAGUCCUUUGACUAAGCAAGGGAUUUUGAAUAAACCGCCCGAAGAACUGUGA